AUGAAGGCUUUGGAAGAAAUUCAAUGUCGCGUGGUUGUCAUUGGAGACUCUUCGGUAGGGAAAACAUCUAUUCUCAAUAGGAUCGUUCAAAGUCCAUUCAACCCUUAUGAAUUAAGCACAGUUGGUGCAAAUUAUCAAGUUAUCAAUCGAGAAGAAAAUGGUCAAAAACUCGAAAUUCAUAUAUGGGAUACAGCUGGACAAGAAAAGUUUAGAUCGCUCAGUCCAAUUUAUUUUAGAAACUCCAUUGGUGCAAUCGCUGUUUAUGAUCAAUCAAAUAAAUCAAGUUAUGAAAACUUAGAAAUGUGGAUUAACAUGUUUACAGAGAUAGCAGGUACAGAAUCUAUAAUCGUUGUUGCUGCUAACAAAUGUGAUUUGGUUAAUAAUUGUGAAAUAUCGUUAGAAGAGGCUACAAAAUGGUGUCAUGCUAACAAUUUCGAAAUAUUUCAAACUUCUGCAUCAAAUGGCCUAGGAAUUGACGAACUUUUUGAUCAUUUAGUUAAAGAACUUUACAGAGUGAUAAAUACUAAAAGACUAACAUCAGAUCAUGUUAACAUUAAUCGAAAAGAAAGUGGUUGUGGUUGCUGA